AUGGGGAGCGUCGAAGCUGAUGGUCUCGAUGCAGCUUUAGAAGUUGUACCUUAUGAAGGAGACAAUCUUUUUGUUGGCCAAGUGUUCAAGUCCAAUAGCGACUGCAAAAUCAAAAUCGCUAUUCAUGCCAUAAAUCGGAAGUUUCACUUUAAGACAAAGCGCUCAACCCCAAAUUUUAUGGUCCUGAUAUGUGUUGCUAUCGACUGUCCAUGGCGCGUCUACGCAGCAAAAGUCGAUGGCAGCAGAAACUUCCAGAUAAGGCAAGCAACCCUUAUGCACAGUUGCUCCGUUGAUGCACGGCGGAACUACCACAAGUUGGCAACGACACAAGUUAUUGGCGAGCUAAUACAAUCUCGUUUCAUUGGAAUCAAAAGAGGUCCAACACCUGCAACAAUAAGAAAAAUUAUGCUCGACGACUUCAAUGUUACUGUCUCCUACUGGAAAUCUUGGCGCUCCCGUGAAAUUGCUAUGGAAAGUGUCUUAGGAUCGAUGGCGGGAAGCUACGCACUCAUGCCAGCAUACAUGGGGCUGCUACAAACCACUAACCCCGGUUCCAUUUGUGUACUGGAGAAGACUGAGACUGGGGAAGGAUGUAUGAUGUUUCAGUAUGCAUUCAUAGCCUUUGGCGCAUCCAUUAAAGGCUAUAGGUACAUGAGAAAAUUAAUUAUCAUCGAUGGAACAAGUUUGAAAGGGAAGUGUGGGGGAUGGUUAAUGUCUGCUUCUUGCCAAGAUGGGAAUUUUCAAAAUUUCCCACUUGCUUUCGCGGUGGUUGAUAGCGAGAAUGAUGCAUCGUGGGAGUGGUUCUUAACUCAGUUGAAGUCAUUUGUUGUGGAGUCAGACCAGUUGGUGUUCGUCUCUGACCGCCAUAGAAGCAUCUAUAACGUAAUUGGGAAGGUGUACCCGUCAGCAGAACAUACCGCUUGCACCGUACAUUUGUGGAGGAACAUUAAGGGGAGGUUCAAAUCACAAAGACUAGCAUCCCUCAUGGGAGCUGCAGCGAGAGCAUAUACUGUGGAAGGAUUCAAUAAGAUGUUCAUUGCUAUUCAACGCGUCAGCCCUGGAUGUUUUGAUCACUGGAGCCGUGCGCAUUUUCAAGGGGACCGUUACAAUAUAAUGGAUUCUAAUAUUGCGGAGUCAUGGAAUGCAGUAUUGAAAGAAGUGAGAGAGUUCCCCCUCAUCUCCAUGUGUGAGUACAUACGUACAACACUUGUGAGUUGUGAAACUGAGUUUCAAGUGAUGUCCCAAAACAGAGAGUGUUUCCUGGUCAACCUCUUAGCGGGAACACGUUCAUGCAAUGCGUUCGAUCAUCUACGUAUUCCAUGUCGUCAUGCCGUGGCUGCUGCUGGGCGAGCCAAUAUCCCAACUGAAUCUUUGGUGGCAGCUGCGUAUUAUGCGGAGACAUGUCAUAGUACUUACGAAGCGAAGAUUUACCCCAUUCCAUCUGUAGGAGGAAACGAACUUGGAGGAGAAUUUGAGGGGGAUCUACUACCGCCGGCGUUUAAGAGACCACCAGGCAGGCCCCGCAAGGUCCGCAUCUUGUCGAGAGGCGAAGAUAAGCAUGGUGGAAUGAAGGGAUGUAGGAAAUGCACUAAGUGCAGGGGUGAAGGACACAACAAGACCACCUGCCGUAGUGCCACAUAA